AUGAAUAAACGCGUCCAUGGAGCCAAGCUGUUAGAAUCAAAUGAAGAAAUUCAUAAAAAUAUAAUUGCUAAACUGAAAAGUUGUCAGCUGGAAAAUGAUAUUGAAGUGAGGCAAUUUGUGCCCAAAAACGACACUCUGUUCUCCAGUGAAGCGUUUGAAGUGUGCCAUGUUUCUGAAGACAAACGUCAAGCCGAUUUUUGUUCAUUUGUGUUCGAUGAUAAGCAACAUCCUCAUAUUCCAUUCGACUAUCGACUGCUGUUGGAAGCUCAUCCAUCGCCUGUUUAUGGCGAUGGUAAUGAACAGCAAAUUGGUUGGAUGCGAGACGUUGCAUUCAAACAUCUUCUGAGAUGGUUAGCAAAUAUCACUGUUGAUGGAAAAGCAUCAAUAAAGUCGCAUCAGCUUAUUCAAAUUGAUAAUUAUGUCAAAACAUAUCGAAAUAUCAAAGAGAAUUUUGGAAAAUCCAUCGUUUUGGAAUUGUGGCGGUCCAAAAAUAUCGAGCCGAAAUGUUUUUGCGAUAUUGGCUGUGGUAAUGGACUUUUGGUGCAUCUUCUCACCACUCAAAAGUUUACUGGCUAUGGAAUCGAUCUGAGACGUCGGAAUAUUUGGAGUAAUUUUGAAGGGACUGACCUGCGCGAGUUGUCCUUAAAUCCAGAAGUAGACACCGUGCAAGAAGGCGAUUUUUUGAUUGGGAACCACAGCGAUGAAUUAACACCAUGGAUUGCAAUUCUGGCAGCGAGGUCAAGAUGUAAUUUCUUCCUUCUGCCGUGUUGUCCUUUUGACUUUUAUGGACGCUAUCAGAAAAAAAUGAAAGGAAUCAGUGGAGACAGUUGUUAUGGUUCAUAUUUGGUGUACUUAAGGAGCAUUUGUGAAAGAUUGGGAUAUCGAAUUGAAGAAGAUCGUCUCAAAAUCCCAUCAACUAAAAGACGAUGUCUCAUCGGGUUGCUUCCGAAAGAUGGUCUGCCAACGAAUCUUGAUGAAAUCAUUGAGUUUAUUUUGGGUGAGAAAAAAUCGAAUGGAUUUAUCGCUCGUAGUAAAGUGGAAAAAGUUAGUUUUGCAGAAUACUUUUCCUCAGUGAUGACACUAAUUAUAAACACUGUGAACGUGACGAACUGUUCGCAGCUUCCAAGAGACGUUCGACAUAGUCUGACAAUGAAGAUAUUUGACUAUUUGUUCAACCUGGAUGGUGAAACUAGUAGCACUCCAUCAUGUAAUGAAUGGCAUCGCGGAGGUAUUGCUUCACUUCUGCAAGUCACUCAAAUUCUUAAUGACUCUGAUAAACAAUAUUUAAAGAAUUCUGAUGGUGGUAUUCAAACGUUUCUCAAGAACCAACAUCAGGUUUUCAAGGUUCAUAGUUAUAAUUUCAAUUAUUUUGAGAACAUCAAAGGAAAUGAAUCGUUUCGGAUUCCUAGAUGCUUUUCUUAUUAG